AUGCCCCCAAAAUCAGAAUUAACGACAGAUGCAAGACCCAAGACUGCCAGUGAAGUCCCUGCAUGCUGCUCGGCUCGCUACAAUCUAGCACUACUGGCCUUUUUUGGGUUCUUCCUCCUGUACGCGUUACGUGUGAACCUAAGCGUUGCUCUGGUGGAUAUGGUAGAACCUAACACAAGCUUAGCAAAGAAUGUGACUUCCAAUGUGUGUCCAGAGCAUUCUUCCACUAUAAAUGUUCCUCGCAACACAACGGGGGAAAAGUAUUCUUGGGACGCUGAUACUCAGGGAUGGAUCCUUGGUUCUUUUUUCUAUGGCUAUAUCAUUACUCAGAUUCCAGGAGGAUAUCUUGCAAGCAAAAUUGGAGGGAAGCUGUUACUGGGGUUUGGCAUCUUUGGUACCUCUGUAUUCACCUUGCUUACUCCCUUAGCUGCACAUCUGGGAGUUGGCUACCUCAUAGCUGUCAGAGCCUUGGAAGGACUUGGAGAGGGUGUUACCUUCCCAGCUAUGCAUUCAAUGUGGUCUUCUUGGGCUCCUCCACUGGAACGCAGCAAGCUCCUUAGUAUUUCGUAUGCAGGUGCACAGCUGGGAACUGUUGUCUCUCUGCCACUCUCUGGCUUAAUUUGCUACUAUAUGAGCUGGGUUUACGUGUUUUACAUAUUUGGUGCACUUGGUGUAUUAUGGUUCUUCUUCUGGAUGUGGUUGGUUAGUGAUACACCAGAAACUCACAGAAGCAUUUCACAUGCUGAAAAAGAAUAUAUACUCUCUUCUCUAAAAGAUCAGCUUUCUACACAGAAAUCUGUUCCCUGGAGACCUAUGCUGGAGUCCCUUCCACUCUGGGCUAUUGUUGUGGCACACUUCUCUUAUAAUUGGACUUUCUAUACACUUCUUACACUCUUGCCCACAUACAUGAAGGAGAUCCUGCGGUUUGAUGCACAGGAGAAUGGGUUUUUAUCUGCCCUACCUUAUUUUGGCUGCUGGUUAUGUAUAAUUCUAUCUGGGCAAAUUGCUGAUUAUUUACGGGAAAAACAGAAAUUUUCCACUGUUUGUGUUCGCAAGUGUUUUACCGUAAUAGGAAUGAUUGGACCUGCGGUGUUCUUAGUAGCAGCUGGAUUCAUAGGCUGCAAUUAUGCACUGGCUGUUGCAUUCGUGACCAUAUCAACAACACUAGGAGGGUUUUGUACCUCUGGCUACAGCAUCAACCAUUUGGACAUAGCACCUUCGUAUGCUGGAAUUCUCCUUGGGAUCACAAAUUCUUUUGCUACUAUCCCAGGAAUGGUGGGGCCAGUUAUUGCAAAGAACCUCACUCAUAACAAUACUGUGGGAGAAUGGCAGACUGUUUUCUAUAUUGCUGCUUCUAUUAAUCUAUUUGGAGCAAUUUUCUUUGCGUUAUUUGCAAGUGGAGAAGUUCAGGACUGGGCAGUCAGUGGAUAUCACUUGCAUAGGAACUGAAGGAGAUGUUGAAAUACCAAAGCUGCGCUGAAUCCGAAUGUGCUAGAAUUAUAUGACCGGAAAAGUGCCUUCCCUGCUGAUGCCUAGGAGUCUUCAGACCUUCUCAGUUCAACUAUUUUAUCUGUGUAUCUUUUGUACUGAAAAUCAUUUGACAGCAUAUGUGUGCUAUUUCCUAGCAAAAAACUACUUGGAUUAAAUGGGACUUGAUGUCAAAUAUAUGAUCAGAGACAGCAUUUUAAAUCUCUGUGCUAGGCUCCAAUUUUUUCCAGUUUUUAAUUAAUAUUUUCUGAAUUAAUGUGUAGGCAGAUGUUUGUUGAUACUGAAAUGAGAGGAAAAAGCAAAGUAAUUAUGUAGCACUG